ACGUGUGCCCUCGACAAGGAUACUGUACAGGGCUGCGUGACAAGCAGCCAUACGCGCUGCCAAACCCGCGCCUGCCACGUAACGUAUGGAAAAGCAAUCGCGUGAAGGAAUCGCCUCUCGUUCUUUUCUGAGGGGAGGAGCCGCGGCUGACAAGGCGAGAAGGGAUUUACGGUUUAGGAGAAACGCGCUUCGAGAGUUACGGGGUUGUGGGCGGGGAAGAGCCUCUCGGCCUCCUCCGGGGAGGAAGACGCGCAGGCGUCAGGCCUUGUGAGCAGCCGGGAGCCGAAGCAGGAGGCGGCGCUGCUGCCUCUACUCGAGAGGCGGGAGCAGAGCCGGGAAAGGGGAGGGCCGCGUCUUCAGCCUCGCUGCGAGUCGCCGCGCUCCUGCCCGGUCCUUUCUGCCUGCUGCUGCCGCCGCCGGAAUGGCGCUGAGCUUGACGGUGAACCCCUCGGACGUCCCUCUCGGAGCCUUGCUUACUGCAGAACAUGUGAAGGAUCAUGUUAAAAUUUCAGUUGAAGAAGGCCAAGAGAACAUUCUACGGGUAUCUGAUCAAGUUACAUUUACAGAUGUGAAUUCCAUAGCUCGCUAUCUGGCUAGAAUUGCCACAUCUGCUGGAUUAUAUGGAUCUAAUUUGCUGGAACACACUGAGGUUGACCAUUGGAUGGAGUUCAGCACCACAAAGUUGUCUUCUUCCACCAGUUUUGCUUCAGCAGUUCAAGAGCUCAAUAACUGCCUUUCUCUGAGAACUUAUUUGGUUGGGAACUCUUUGAGUCUUGCAGAUUUCAGUGUUUGGGCAACACUAAAAGGCAACAGUGCAGGGCAAGAGCUGUUACUUCAUGGUAAAGCUCCAGUUCAUGUAAAACGCUGGUACAACUUUCUUGAAACACAGCAUGUUUUCCAGUCAGUAGGUUCCAGGUGGACUGUGGGAGCUGCUAUUCCAAAGACUAAAAUGGCAGCAGAGAAGAAACAAGAUGUUGGGAAAUUCGUUGAACUCCCUGGAGCAGAGAUGGGAAAAGUCAUUGUUAGAUUUCCUCCUGAGGCAAGUGGAUACUUGCAUAUUGGACAUGCAAAAGCUGCUCUGUUGAAUCAGCACUACCAGGUCAACUUCAAGGGUAAACUGAUCAUGAGGUUUGAUGAUACAAAUCCAGAAAAAGAAAAAGAAGAUUUUGAAAAGGUUAUCUUGGAAGAUGUUGCAAUGCUGCACAUCAAACCAGACCAGUUCACAUACACUUCGGAUCAUUUUGAAACAAUAAUGAAAUAUGCUGAGAAGCUCAUUCAUGAAGGGAAGGCUUAUGUAGAUGAUACGCCCGCAGAACAAAUGAAAAUGGAACGAGAGCAAAGAACAGAGUCCAAGCACAGAAAUAACUCUGUUGAGAAGAACUUCAAAAUGUGGGAGGAAAUGAAAAAGGGAACGGAAUAUGGGCAGACCUGCUGUCUACGAGCAAAAAUCGACAUGAGUAGUAACAAUGGAUGCAUGAGGGACCCAACUCUUUAUCGUUGCAAAAACCAGCCACAUCCACGAACAGGAAAUAAGUACAACAUUUAUCCCACGUAUGAUUUUGCCUGUCCCAUAGUUGACAGUAUUGAAGGUGUCACUCAUGCAUUAAGAACAACAGAAUAUCAUGACAGAGAUGAACAGUUCUACUGGAUUAUUGAAGCCUUGGAAAUAAGAAAACCAUAUAUCUGGGAGUACAGCCGCUUAAACCUCAACAACACUGUAUUGUCCAAAAGGAAGCUCACUUGGUUUGUCAAUGAAGGGCUAGUGGAUGGCUGGGAUGACCCAAGAUUCCCAACUGUGCGUGGUGUCCUAAGAAGAGGCAUGACAGUUGAAGGACUGAAACAGUUUAUUGCUGCACAGGGCUCUUCUCGAUCAGUUGUAAACAUGGAGUGGGAUAAAAUUUGGUCAUUUAACAAAAAGGUUAUAGAUCCUGUGGCACCUCGUUACACCGCUUUGCUGAAGAAUGAAGUAGUCACAGUAAACGUUCCUGAAGCUCAAGAAGAGAUGAAAGAAGUCGCCAAGCACCCAAAGAAUGCUGAGGUUGGCUUGAAGUCUGUAUGGUACAGUCCUAAAGUGCUGGUUGAAGGCGCAGAUGCAGAGACGUUGACAGAAGGAGAGAUGGUUACAUUUAUUAACUGGGGCAACAUAACCAUCACCAAAAUACACAAGAACUCCGCUGGGAAAAUCACAUCUAUUGAUGCUAAACUAAAUUUGGAGAAUAAGGACUACAAAAAAACUGCUAAGAUCACCUGGUUGGCAGAAACUCCUCGUGCUCCUCCCAUCCCUACUGUCUGUGUCAACUAUGAACACUUGAUCACCAAACCAGUCCUGGGCAAAGAGGAAGAUUUCAAGCAAUAUGUCAACAGAAAUAGCAAGCAAGAAGAAUUGAUGUUAGGUGAUCCUUGCCUUAAAGAUCUGAAAAAAGGAGAUAUAAUACAGAUUCAGAGAAGAGGCUUUUAUAUUUGUGAUCAGCCAUAUGAGCCUAUUAGCCCAUACAGCUGUAAAGAAGCCCCAUGCAUUUUGAUUUAUAUCCCUGAUGGGCAUACAAAAGAAAUGCCAACAUCUGGAUCUAAGGAGAAAACCAAGGCAGAAACAGCAAAGAAAGAGGCUAGUACUGCACCGAAAGGACGAUCUGCUCCACUUGUGGCUGACGCUUCUGCUGCAGCCCCUACUUCAGUCGAAGACCACUUGGCUCUUUACAGCAAGGUGUCUGCCCAAGGAGAUGCAGUUUGUGAAUUGAAAUCAAAGAAAGCAGCAAAGGAAGAAGUUGAUGCUGCCGUGAAACAGCUGCUAGCCUUGAAAGCAGAAUACAAGGAGAAGACCGGUCAAGACUACAAGCCUGGGAAUCCUCCAGUCGCUGCAGUUCAGGCCCAGCCUUCCAAGUGUGAGGCUGCCAGUGCCACCCAUCUAGACAGCAAGUCUCUUUACGAUAAAGUAGAUGAGCAAGGGGAAGUGGUUCGAAAGCUAAAAGCAGAAAAGGUGCCCAAGGAUAAAGUGGAUGAAGCUGUAAAACUCCUCCUUUCCCUAAAAGCGGAAUAUAAAGAAAAGACUGGUCAGGAUUAUAAGCCAGGACAGUUACCAGCACCUCAGGCACAUGCCUUAAACCAGCCGGCAAGCACAGAAACCAGUGGCCCUGACUCUGCAGAAGCAAAAGCUCUCUUUAACAAGGUUGCUCUCCAAGGAGAAGAGGUCCGGAAAUUGAAAGCGGAGAAGGCAGAAAAGGAUAAGAUUGAUGCUGCAGUGCAAGAGCUGCUUCAAUUGAAGGCGCAGUACAAGACACUGGCGGGAAUAGACUAUAAACCAGUCUCUGCAACUGGAGCAGAAGACAAAGACAAGAGGAAGAAAGAGAAAGAGAACAAAUCCGAGAAGCAAAAUAAGCAACAGAAGCAGAAUGAAGGCCAAAAGAAAGAAUCACAGAAAGACCAAAGUGGUGGCAGCAACUUAUCCUCAAAUGGACCAGGAGAUGGUCAGGGACCUAAGAAACAAACCAGGUUGGGGCUAGAGGCUAAGAAGGAAGAGAAUCUGUCUGACUGGUAUUCUCAGGUGAUCACAAAAUCAGAGAUGAUUGAAUACUACGAUGUGAGUGGCUGUUACAUUCUCCGUCCCUGGGCUUUUUCCAUCUGGGAAAGCAUCAAAGAGUUUUUUGAUGGUGAAAUCAAGAAACUCGGUGUGGAAAACUGCUACUUUCCAAUGUUCGUAUCCCAGGCUGCGUUGGAAAAGGAGAAGACACACAUUGCUGACUUUGCCCCGGAGGUUGCCUGGGUUACAAGAUCUGGCAAAACAGAGCUGGCUGAACCAAUAGCUGUACGUCCUACUAGUGAAACAGUAAUGUAUCCUGCCUAUGCAAAGUGGGUUCAGUCACACAGGGAUCUCCCCAUCAAACUUAAUCAGUGGUGCAAUGUUGUGCGCUGGGAGUUCAAACAUCCACAGCCUUUCUUGCGUACUCGUGAAUUCCUGUGGCAGGAGGGACACACGGCGUUUGCAACUUACGAAGAGGCAGCAGAAGAGGUAUUACAGAUCCUUGAUCUGUAUGCUCGUGUGUAUGAAGAGCUUCUGGCAAUUCCUGUUGUGAAAGGAAGAAAGACAGAAAAGGAGAAGUUUGCAGGCGGAGAUUAUACAACUACCAUUGAGGCAUUUAUAUCCGCCAGUGGGCGAGGCAUCCAGGGAGCAACUUCUCAUCACUUGGGACAGAAUUUUUCAAAGAUGUUUGAGAUUGUCUUUGAAGAUCCCAAGAUACCAGGAGAGAAGCAAUUUGCUUAUCAGAACUCUUGGGGUAUCACAACGCGGACCAUUGGCGUAAUGACCAUGAUUCAUGGAGACAACAUGGGUCUAGUACUACCUCCCAGGGUCGCUUCUGUUCAGGUUGUGAUUAUUCCCUGUGGAAUCACCAAUUCGCUUUCGGAAGAAGACAAGGAGGCCCUGAUGGCAAAGUGUGCUGAAUACCGUAAGCAGCUAUUCAGUGCCAAUAUCCGUGCGCGUGUUGACUUGAGAGAGAACUAUUCACCUGGAUGGAAAUUCAAUCACUGGGAGCUUAAGGGUGUUCCAAUCAGGCUUGAAGUGGGUCCACGAGAUAUGAAAAAUCAUCAGUUUGUAGCUGUUAGACGAGACACAGGAGAGAAGCUGACUUUUGCUGAAAAUGAAGCAGUGGACCAGCUGAGACGUGUUCUGGACAAAAUCCAGACGAACCUUUUUGACAGAGCUUCUAAAGACCUAAAGAAUCAUAUGGUGGUGGCCAAUACAAUGGAAGAGUUUCAGACUGCACUUGAUUCGGGAAAGAUAGUGCAGAUUCCUUUCUGUGGUGAAAUAGAUUGUGAGGACUGGAUCAAAAAGACAACUGCCAGAGAUCAAGACCUUGAGCCUGGUGCUCCAUCCAUGGGAGCAAAAAGUCUCUGCAUCCCCUUCAAGCCACUGUGUAAGCUAGAGAACGGAGCAAAAUGUGUCUGUGGCAAGAACCUUGCCAAGUUCUACACCCUCUUUGGCCGUAGUUACUAAACUGCUAGUUUGAAACACCAUUUUCUUUAUCUUUCAAGCCCUCAACUUUUUGAAAUAAAGACUGAAAUCUUCCCAGAUCCUAUCACGUUUUUGUUACUUUUUAAAACAGCUGCAAAUAAAGCCAUACAGAGUCAAAGAGCCCCUUCAGUCAGACUAGCGGUGAUGCACAAACUUUUCUGUAUACAACAUCUCUAAUAAUAAAUGCAUAUUGUCAGCUA